CCACUAUUGAACCCUAUCUAGUCCAACUCUAGACCAGUGGGUUGAGAAGACAAAACCCUACCACUCCCGCAGCUGUUCUGCAGUAAAUCCUCGCAAUCCCAAGUACUUCUCUACCGCUGCCACCACAACCUCUAUUUUCUGUGACUUUCAAUUAAUUUCUGCAGUACAAUUGACGACCACGUCUAUAAAUGAUAAAAAGCCCACCUUGCUGAAGCAAAUAUUCUUCCCAUCACGGUCUCUUGAUCUCUCACAGGAAUCCUCUCAUGAUCCCUCACCCUGUACCCAGGUUCCUCAACCACUCUCUUCCCUGCUUCAGCAUACCACACUUCCUGUACUACUGUAACCCUGGCAACCUCAAUCUGCCUUUCUCUCACCGGACACCUCCCAACUCCAGCCCCAUGAUCACCCCACAACUUUUCACAUCAUACAGGUUUCUCCGAUCAAAUAGCCUAAUCUAAAUAGAGCUCAAUCAAAUACAAAAUGCACUGUCAUGUUAAGAAACAACAUAUUCCAUCCUGUCAACAGCGCCAUGCUCCGGAGAGAAAAACCCAUCACAAUCCUUAUCCCUUAUCUCGUAAUCCGGAGCGCCCUCUCCCUCUGGGUGGAGGAAACACAAUAAAUCAUCAUGAAUCCCACUCCAAGUUACCAUCACCAAUUCAACAGUCCCCAACCUGUCAUCCACCCAAUCUGACACCACAUAUGGAUCAACCAAAAAGCAAGGAUCCACUCUCUUUACAAAUGUCACUCCCACUGGGCCAAAAUCAACCUUGGGACGCGGGACGAACUCGGCGAUCCUCACCGCAGCUACUUCACCCUGACCCCCAUCACUCUAAACUCAUUCUGGAACUCUUAUCCCCGUUCUUUUAACUUCUUCUUUUUAUUCUUCCAUGGUGUUUUGGAACCGAACUUCAAUGUUGCAUGUUGUAGGACGCUAACUACCUGCAGUAACCCAUCAACCUCUUAUGGACGAUCCACUGAGGUUAACAAAUACUGGGGGGGGAUGAAAUUUGAACGAAUUUGUCACGUCGGUGUGAAAGAAAGGUUUUGAAGUUGGAGGCAUAUUUACUUCCAGUAGGUGGUAGUGCAUCCUUUAAAAUUUGUAACAAAUGCCUUAAAACAAAAUAGAAGAAGAAUAAGAAGCAGAACGUGAACGGCUAGUGCUUUGGUUUGUUUACAUCGUGAAUAUAAAAUGUCACAAUUACAGUUAUUGAAUGUGUUUAUUACCGAACGAUUAACAGCGGUAGCUAUGGAGAUAUCCGUUGUACUUGAACAAAAUAUAGGCGAGUACCUGGAAGAAAUCUCCCGUUCAAAUGAGGAGAACAAACGUUUACAGAGCCUGUUGGAUUUGGUUUUCAACUCCGAAAUCAAGUUACACCGCGAAGAUUCCCAGCAGCUCUCUCUUCCUGUCUCUGAAGAGGACCUUCCACAUGAGCAGCAGCAGCACUGUGAGCAGGAGAGGAGCCCCAGUCAGGGGCAGGAGGACCCAGAGCCCACACAGAUUAAAGAGGAAGAGGAGGAAGUCAGGACCAGUCAAGAGGAAGACCAGCCUCAAGGGCUGGAACCUGAUACCAAAGACCUCUUAAUCCCUGCCUGUGUGAAAAGUGACUAUGAACAGGACCCACCUCUGCCCUCACAUCUUGACCAAACCUUGGAGAACAGAGAGGGACUCUCUACCCACCAACACAACUGAACAGAUCAAAACAGAACCUGAUGGAGAGGAUUACAGCAUAUCAGAACCAACCAGUGACUCUCAGCUCCUCUCUGAAGCCCAGGGAGGAAACAUAGAAGAAUGUGUUGAUGGGAUGGAGAGACCCAUUCCCCCUCCCUUCUCUCCAGACUCCCAGCAGCCCUCUCUCCCUGUCUCUAAAGAGGAGGUUCCCCAGAG